GGCGGCAUCGGCCCCGCCAUCAGCCUCCACCUCGCCAUCCUCGGCGCCCGAAUCGUCAUAUCCUAUCUCGGCGACCCAACCCCCGCCGACACCCUCCUCCUCUCCAUCAACUCCCUCCAUCCCUCCCUCUCCUCCCCACGGGCCAUCAAACUCGAGACCGACGUGACCGAUGAAGCCCAAGUCACUGCCCUAUUCGACAGGGCCCAACAGGCCUUCGGGCCGAACAUUCACAUUGUGGUAACCAGUGCAGGAGUCCAGGAUCCAACCUAUCCGACCAUAAUAAACACGUCGUUGGCCCAAUGGGAGAAGGUGUUUGACGUUAACGCAAAGGGGACAUUUUUAUGUUGCAGGGAGGCGGGGAGGAAGUUGGUGAGGGGGGGAGGGGGGAGGAUAGUGACGAUGUCGUCGUCGACGGUCGGGUCGAUAAGGGAGGGAUACGGGGCGUAUUCGGCGACGAAGGGGGCGAUAGAGGUGAUGACGAGGGUGAUGGCGAAGGAGAUGAGGGGGAUGGGGAUAACGGCGAAUGCGGUGGCGCCGGGGCCGGUUGUGACGGCGAUGUUUUAUGGAGGGAAGACGGAGGAGAUGGUGAGGGCCGCGAGGGAGUUGAGUCCGAUGGGGAGGUUGGGGGAGCCGAGGGAUGUGGCGGCGGUGGUGGGGUUUUUGGUGAGUGAUGAGGGGGAGUGGGUUAAUGGGCAGGUUAUAAGGAUUAAUGGGGGCUAUGUUUGAGGGGUUAAUGUGUAUGCUUUGUGCUUUUGGGGGUGAUAAGAAUAUGUUAUAUUCCCAUGGAAUUAUUAUUAUUAUUAUUAGGGUUUAGGGUGAGUUAUGUGAGUUAUCAUGAUACUCUACUGAAUUUUCCUAUAU